AGCUCCCAAGAGGGCCCCAGGACUGCCCGUAGCCAUUUUGGCUCAAUUUGGGGCUCAAGAGCCUUCCGGUCAGGAUAUCUUGCGCGUGCCCUCUGAUAUAGUUAAUUGCACCGAUUCGGCGCUUACCAUUGCAAACAAUGGACUCGUUCACGAGGCGUGCCUCAUCUCAGUGCUUUCACAGCGAUGAGUAUUUUGAAACCUACACUUUCUCUCACCAAUUCGACCAAGCAUCAGGUGGCAUGUGUACGUCGUUGCCCAGUUGGGGCUCACUGCCCACCAUGCAUCCGGUCUCCAUGCAGUCGCAGCUUGCCCGGCAGGAAAACCACCCCAUGUUGCAGUCGAGCGGCGGCGAGUCGUGGAAUACUUUUGACGAGUUCGACGACCCACGCGGGCGUCGGCGGGCAGAAAUCCAAAGCAGCAGCCCAUCCGAACACGCGCAGGAUUCAGCCCAGUUGGGCCUUGGCGGCGCCCCCUCUGCGGCCGAUGCGCAGCUGCCAUCUCGGCCUGGAGGCGUUCUGCUGCUCCAUGGCCAGUCGCUGCCGCGCAGGCAGGAAGACCCCCCCAUUUUGCAGUCGAGCGGCGGCGAGUCUUGGAAGACCUUUGACGAGUUCGACCACCCGCGCGGGGGCGCUCUGCCUCUGACCACAGUAGGCGCUCUUCUGCUCGAUUGCUCCGCGGGGGCGGCGCCAGCCUAUUCACCGACCAGGCCGCCCGGCAUGCCGCCGCGUUCCACCGCCGAGACGUGGCUGGCCGCUGGCCCCCCAGGCGAGCCAGACCGCGCGGCGCGGGCGAGACAGCCGGCCAGCGGAGGGCGGGCAGGGGCCUCCACUGGCACGCCCGCGGCCGCCACGGCGCUGGCAGACAUGCGGGCCCGGCUCCUGGCGCAGGAGCAGCUGCUGGCCCAGGUCCAGCAGCAGGCCCAAGACCUCAGGCGCAGGAUCCGCGAGCAGCAGGCCGACCUGGCGGAGAUGGAGCUUCAGCAGGGCGAGCUCGUUGACAGCAUGCCGGCAGCCACCGAGGAGGCGGCGCCCGCCACCCCUGGCGCUCCAGCAAUCACCACGCUCAUGAUCCGCAACAUCCCAAUGUCUGUUACGCAGCGUGACCUGCUGGACCUCAUCGACAGGGCUGGUUUCAAGAACCGCUACGACGCGGAAGACCACACCCUCCUGCUCCCCUUCAUGGCGGAGCUCGGGCGCGUCGGGUCGCUGGCUCCCUCCGGCGAGGCGAACCUAGUGGUCAAAAGCGGAACCCCACGACGAGGGGAUGAGCUGGCGGUGGCGCCGUGCUCCAAUGGCUUGAACACGUUUCACAGUUUUGAUAUGUUUCACAUUCGUGACCCCCUCUGGGGAGGAGGUGACAGGGGAGGCAAAAAUGCAGCUCAGAGUUCGAGGGACAAGAAACUCCAGCAGUUGCACUUUGCCAUGGCAAACAUGCAGAAGCAGCUGAACUCGCUGUCGGGGAACCAGCAGCGCCAGCCGGCUGCACCAGUUUCACUUACUACGCCGAAGAAACCGCGGCGACCUCGACGGGUCGCCCAUGAGCCGCCGCUCCUGACAGAGCUCCGGGGCCUCCUUGCCCAGGCUGACCGCCUCAAGGAGCCGCCGUCCACGAGCCAGAUCGUCGAGAAGCUCACGGCAGUGCUCGCCAGGGCGGGCGCCCCGCCAUCCAGCUCGCCUGCUGGGUCCCGAGGGCCCGCACCGGCAGCUGCAGCAAAACUUUCGCCACCGCCGCAGGGCCAGCGCUCGUUCCACAAGGUGUGGGCGCUCGACUGGGGCGGUGCCAAGAUCAUACAGGCCACAGCCGCCCCCAAGGCAACGAUCAUCGAGCCCGUCGUCAUCGCGUGCCAGUCCGACCACGACUACGACAAGGUGAUGGAGUGGCGCCGGGCCACAGGCUGCACCGUCGCCUGCACCUUCGUCGUGUUCAACUCCGCCAAGGCGCCGCUGUCCGACGUGCUCGUCGAAGGACCGCGGGGUCCCACUACGCAGAAGGCUUGGCUCGAGGGCGUGGGCUCAGGCGCGCCCGUCCGGUCCAAGCUACCCCAGUCCGUGAAGGACGACACCGCCGAGCCCGCCCCAAAGGUCGCCACCUUCUCGGUCCGCAUCACGGAGCCCUUGGCGCUCCCCGCCUUCGUCUUCAGCCCGGAGGCGUGCAAGCACAUCCAGCGCGUGAAGGCCGCCAUCGACUACACGUCGGAGGUAACCUGCGUAGCCAUCGUCCGCGAGACGGGCCGCUCCGACAUCAUGGGCGGCUCCCUCUCCACCGGCGUCUUCUGCAACGAGCAAGGCACCACGCUCGUGCCACGCUGGUUCCCCCAGAAGUCCGAGGAGACGGCAUCCGUGUAUUACAACAGGGUGCUCCAAAAUGCUACCGGCGCCUCCGGCCGCCUCGUCUUUUGCCCGUCCCUCGACGCGGCGUUCGGCGUGGUCGCAAAGAAGGUAAUCAUUGACGCAGACAGUGUCGGCCCCAGAUGGUGCAUCCAGCGGGCCCCUGAAGGGUGGACAAACACCGAUGAGGUCGAGGCGUGGAUCACCGCGCGGGGCUUCGUCAACGUAUCGAGCGUGGCCAGGUCUGGUCGUCGCCGUUGGUUUUUCCGCGGCGACCUUGCGGGUUGCCCUGACCGAUCGGCUUUCCAGUUCAGCUCAGGAGUGACCGUUUCCAUGGUCCUCUCGGGCCCCAAGAAGAAGAGGGACGACGAGGCGUCCAAGCCAAAGAGUACAUGGGGCGCCCCUGCCAGCAAGCACGCCCCUGCUGCACCGACCCCAGAAGCAGAGGACGGCGACCACGCCAUGGAUACGGCCGAGGCGGCCCCUGCUGCCGAGCCAGCCGGCACGCCUCCAGCCAGCACGCCUGCAGCCGGCACGGGCCGCAAGGGCCCCCCGCUCGCUGGCGCCCCGAAGGACAAGAAAGCCAAGACCACACCGCCCAAGCCAUUCGCUGAGCAUUUCGACACAGUGGACUGCGGCGGAGCGGGGGGCUGCUUCUACCUCUCCAGCUCGCGUGGUAUCCACGCGCUGAGCCGCCACCCGAAAGCGCUGAAGAAAGAGGACACCGACCCCGGCGGGAACAUGCAGGCCUCCCUGCGCCUGAUCAUGGCCUCCGAGCUCCGGAAACGCCCCAAGCACUACGACGUGCCCCAGAUUGCCGACAUCGUCGAGAAGCUCUCCACAGCCGGGCAGGCCGCCACGUCCAUGACCGUGCACGCCACCGCCGUGGGCAGCUCCACGGAGUUUGCCAUCUGGGCCAAGUCGUCCAGUGGCCACUGGACCCUCUACCUCCCGCCGAAGCCCCCCGCCGGGAGCAAGUACAAGCAGACGGUGUGGCUCGUCCUCGAGAGCCGCCACUACCAGUGGCUGCGCCCCAAGGCGGCGGCCCCCCUCACCAAGGAGAAGGACAAGGAGUGGCGCGCCGCUGCGCUGCCUUACCCCACCGACUUCACUGGCGCCGGCCGCGGCACCACCGACCCCGACCUCGAGGCUGCCAAGGAGCUCCUCGGGAUCACGGACGACAGCGACGACGACGACAGCGACCUGGACGCCGCCCGCAGCCUGCUGGGUCUCUCUGCCCCCUCCUCGCGCCGUGGCCGCACCGCCCGCGCCCGCAGCUUCCUGGGCUGCCCCGAGGCCUUCCUGGCCAAGCGCAGCCCACGCAUCCAGCCUGCCUUCUGCGACCUCAUCGGCACGGAGGGCAGCCGCCGCGAGACCAAGCAGGGCACCGUCGCUACCUACAAGUGCGUGCGGUGCGGCCUGAAUCGCACCCUCGCCGAGGCCCGGCGCUGCCCCUGCACGGCGAGGGCAAACAAGCAGACCGUCUCCCGGGCGCAGUUCCUCGCGAGCUCCCUGGGCCCCAAGAAAGCCAAGGCCCAACGGGCCACACAUGCCGCUGCCCAGCGGAAGUGCAACGCCGACUGGCGCUCUCGGAACCCCGAGCGCCUAGCCAAGCUCAAGCGGGAGAGCCGCCAGCGUCACCGCGACGCGAUCCUGGCCCGGGAGCGCAAGUACUACCAGAAGAACAAGACGCUCCUGCAACAGAAGGCGCGGAGGGCUCGCGCCAGCUGGACCCCUGAGCAGCGCGCCCAGGAGGCCAACAACCAGUUCGUCUACCGCGUCCUCGCGAAGCGCCGGGAGUUUCUCACGCCGCACCUCGCGCUGACUUGGCUCGUCCUGGAGCCCCCCCGGGUCAACGUCGAGGGUCUCACGUCGCAGCUUGUGCUGAAUUGGGCGGUCCUGGAGCAUUGCUGGGUCGUCUCCAAGCAUGUUACGUUGCAGCUCGCGCUGAUUUGUGUCGCCCUGGAGCCUUUCCGGGUCGUCGUAGAGAGUCUCACGCACCACAUCGUGCUGAAUCGUGUCGUCCUGGAGCAUUGCCGGGUCGUCCUCGAGCAUCUCACGUCGCAGUUCAUGCUGAAUCGGGCCGUCCUGGAGCCUUGCUGGGUCGUCUCCAAGCAAGUUACGUUGCAGCUCACGCUGAUUUGUGUCGUCCUGGAGCCUUUCCGGGUCGUCGUAGAGAGUUUCACGCACCACAUCGUGCUGAAUCGUGUCGUCCUGGAGCAUUGCCGGGUCGUCUUCGAGCAUCUCACGUCGCAGCUCAUGCUGAAUCGGGCCGUCCUGGAGCAUUGCCGGGUCGUCUCCAAGCAAGGUGCGAUGCAGCUCACGCUGAUUCGUGUCGUCCUGGAGCCUUUCCGGGUCGUCGUCGAGAGCUUCACGCACCACAUCGUGCUGAAUCGUGUCGUCCUGGAGCUUUGCCGGGUCGUCCUCGAGCAUCGUACGUCGCAGCUCAUGCUGAAUCGGGCCGUCCUGGAGCAUUGCCGGGUCGUCUCCAAGCAAGGUGCGUUGCAGCUCACGCUGAUUUGUGUCGUCCUGGAGCCUUUCCGGGUCGUCGUAGAGAGUUUCACGCACCACAUCGUGCUGAAUCGUGUCGCCCUGGAGCAUUGCCGGGUCGUCUUCGAGCAUCUCACGUCGCAGCUCAUGCUGAAUCGGGCCGUCCUGGAGCAUUGCCGGGUCGUCUCCAAGCAAGGUGCGAUGCAGUUCACGCUGAUUCGUGUCGUCCUGGAGCAUUUCCGGGUCGUCGUCGAGAGCUUCACGCACCACAUCCCAAAGGCACUGUGUGGCGGCAUCCUUGUUUUGAUAUUACCCCGUUGGCAGACAACGCACCACAUCGUGCUGAAUCGUGUCGCCCUGGAGCCUUGCCGGGUCGUCUUCGAGCAUCGUACGUCGCAGCUCCUGCUGAAUCGGGCCGUCCUGGAGCAUUGCCGGGUCGUCUCCAAGCAAGGUGCGAUGCAGCUCACGCUGAUUCGUGUCGUCCUGGAGCCUUUCCGGGUCGUCGUAGAGAGUUUCACGCACGAGAUCGUGCUGAAUCGUGUCGCCCUGGAGCCUUGCCGGGCCGUCUUCGAGCAUCUCACGUCGCAGUUCAUGCUGAAUCGGGCCGUCCUGGAGCAUUGCCGGGCCGUCCUCGAGCGCAUCGCGUUGCAGCUCACGCUGAAUCAGCUGGUCGCCCCGGAGCUCCGCCGGGCCAUUGUCGAGACUUUCACGUUGCAGUUCAUUUUGGGUCACGUCGGCCGGGAGGUUUUCCAUGUCGUCGUCGACGUUUUCACGCAGGUCAGGGGCGCCCGUUACGUCCUCCCCUUCCUCCUCUUUUUCCCCCUCGUGCCGAAUCCCGUCGCAGCCGAGCACGGGGUCAUCGAGGGGCUCACGCUGAAGCACUUUUUCGUCAUGCUGGCGGCCCGGCUCUUCGACCAGGUUGCCGCCGAGGCUGUCAAGGUCGUUUCCAUCAACGUCACCAGCCUCACCCGGGCCAGGGCCGAGGCUAUUUUCAGGCACCCGCAGUUGGAGUCGGUCACGGUCAUGGCUUGGAGCGAGCUCCGGCUCGCCGUGCAGCGACCUCCUUGGCUCAUCAAGCUUGCGGCCCAGUUUGGCUGGGGCGUGGCGUGUUCUGACCCGCCGCCCACAGACGUACGAGGCAGCACGACCCAGGGCGGCACCGCCAUACUGUGGCGCCGCUCCGUGGGCAAGAUCACGGUAUACAGGAGCAGCAGCCUCGGCCACCGAGCCGUCGCCAUCCGCACAGCAAAUGCGGCUUACGUAUCUGGUUAUGGCCCUGCUCAAGGAGAUGCCGCCUGGCUCGUUCGAGCCAUGGGCUGGACGCAGGACCUCGCCGACACAGCAGUAUUAUUUGGCGAUCUGAAUUGGAAGCCCGGCUACUGUCGUGAGGUGUGUGCUGGUUGGCAGGCUGCUACGCCCUGCGGCCCCACCACCACGGCCGGAAGCGCACCGUCGCGCCUGCUCGUCCGGGGAGGGGAUCCCGAGCAUGAGCCAUCCCAUUUGUCGAACACCUUCGUGGAGGGCAUCCCGUACCAUAGCCUGUCCAUCUUCACGCUCACGGUUGAAGAACAGCAUCGGCAGCUCUACCGGCUCCACCACACAGCCGAGUAUCAAGCCCACAAGUUGUCCUUCAUCACAGACGCCGAAAUCGAGGCCAUCAUGGAGUCGUGCGACCAGGUGACUCCGAAGCCGAUGGCCACCGAGCCCCUCUUGAACCGAUGGAGGGCUUGGCACGCCCGGGCAGAGCACGCCCUCAAGGAAGCCACCACGAAACAAUGGACGACAUGUUCGAGGAAACCCGAGCGAGAAAAGGGCAGCAUGCCCACCAGCCGGCCCGCGGCAGCCCCACCGCCGCACCAGCUGGAGGAGACGGUCGCGCUCCGGCGUGCCCGCCGCCUGCACCGCAGCUUCAAUGAGCAGAUUUGCCACCACUUCAAGGGCAACGUGCUGCUCAACGACAAGCACCCCUCCAAGUUCGCCCAAGCUUGCAUGGAUGGCGUCGUGACGGCCCCGCCCGGGGGCAUCCCUACGUACCACCGUGCGCUGGACAGCCUCUCUGCGGCCAUCUCCGCCGAGCAGCAGAAGAUAUCAAACUCCAAGGUGCGAUCGUGGGCCACCGUGCUCGCCAAGUGGAGCUCCGACGUCUACAACUACGCCACGCCGCGCUUCCGGGCGCCUGCUCCCGCCGCCGGCUUCGACGCGGCGGCCAUGCGGGACGAGUGGAAGCAACACUGGGACCCUCCCAACUACGACCUUGAGCCCCUGACAGCGCGCUGGUUGGAGCGGGCGGAGGGCGCGGAGUUCCCGCAGAGCGCCUUCGAGGAGCAGUGGCUCCCGUCAGAGGAGGAGUUCAUCCACUCCCUGAAGAAAGCCAAGGGCGCCGCCGGUUUCGACGGAUGGACCUCCAAGGAGGUGAAGCUUCUGCUACAGAUCGCGCCGCCGAUCAUCACCGAGCUGUACUGCCUGUGGUGCCACACGUCCAUCUACGCCGUACAGCACGCCGGCCGCGCGCCGCGCGACCUGGCCCUGCUGGUGUUCCCAUGGCGCGUGGUCGGCAUCCCUAAGAAAGACGAGAAUGAGUCGCGCCCCAUCGGCGUGGCAAGCGUGCUGCUCCGGAGCUGGCUCAGCGCCCUCGCGCUCGCCCUGCCAGAGGUGGCAGCCAACCAGUGGGCGUGCCGUCGCCGCACGUCCGUGGUCCACGCCGUCAGCCACUGGCUCUCGGAGGCCUGCACCGCGGGGCUCGAGAUGGAUCUCACUAAAGCGUGCGAUAAUAUUGCGCACCGCAUCGCUGAAGAGGCGUUCAGAAAAGAGGCAGUCCCCGAGACGGUCAUCAUGACGUGCCGGCUGGCUUGGGCUGGCCCUCGCGUCUGCUGCGUCUCGGACGAGCUCUCGGAGGCCAUCUGCCCUUUUGUACGACGAGCAGUCGCCGAACACUUCAAGCUUCUGGGUUUGACCAUUGGCCGGUUCGAGCCCGAGUGGGGCCUUCAGGUGUUCGUGGACCGCAAUGAUUCUUAUCAGAUUCUUCAAGUUACUGCCGGCAUUCGCCGCUACGACUGGUCUUUUUGGACGUCUUCACCCUCGGCAGCACACGUCCUGCGUGCAGUGGCACGCGUACGUUGUCUUGAAAGCGUACACAGUACGAGGCUUGACGCCGCUGGAGUGGCCCGCGUCGACGCGGACGCCUCCAGCACCGCAGUCUGGGCCAAGUGGCACAGAUCGCUGUCGCACCGCGACAAGAAGUUCCUCGACAUCUUCUGGUCGGGGGCCACCGAGACGCCGACGCGGGGGGGCGAGGCAGCGCCGUGCCCAUGGUGCCGCCAGCCGCUCGCCAGCCUCCGGCACAUGUUCCAGGACUGCCCGCGCUUCAACACGGAGCGCGCAGCGAUCGCCAGAGAUCUACGCCUUCCUUCCUCUUUCUGGCGCACCCAGCCCCGGGUGACGGCCAAAUCCGGUUGGAUCACCUACGAUGCGGGGAGGUGUGUCAAGAACCGCUACGACUACGCCUACAUGCCGGCAACUUUUGACAGCGGUACCACUAGAGGGAUCGCGUUUGUGAAUUUUGCCGCCUCAAGCGACGCCCGCGAGUUUUCCGUCUUGUGGGACGGAUCGCGACUGACUGGAGUUGCCGGUGCUGAAACCAGCGGGACCGUGAUCGAGGUCACCGCGUCGGCGACGCAGGGCUACUCGGAGAACGUCAGGAUGUGGAAGGCGAGCCGGCUGCGCCGCAUUAAGAACCCCAAGUUUCACCCUUUCAUCGCCCCGAGGCCAGCUGCCUAAUGAACGCGCGGUUGACAUUUUCAUUGGAUGACGCGGGCACCGCGCAGCGCGCCCCAGAGCGCGCCGGUUGGCGGCGACGGGCCCACCACGAGCUGCCCUCCUAGCGGGCAGCCCAGCCAGGCCGCGCGAUCAAGGCGUGCCAUGUGCAGAGAGGGAUUUGUUUAGUGCGCUCGCUUGAAUCUCUGCACGCAGCCGUGAAUCAUCAUCGGCGGCAGAGCUUCACGUAGUUUUCGCAUUUGCUAGAUCAGUAUUCAGUAUGAGAAAGUUUCAAUGUUUCUAAGUGAGAAGCUUCCCUGGCCACAUGAACCCGAGGUGCUCAUUUCGAGGGCCCGGGUGCCUGAGGCCUCUUCGACCGACUGGAAAUACCUGGUCGGCCGGCCGUGCCCUUCCCACUGACUUUGUUUCGUUCAACGUUGUAAUAUUUGAGGAUUGUUUCAUGUCAGUCUUUGCUCCACGCUUUCGAGCGAGGGCUGUGCCCACUGCCUCCCAUUGUUCAUUGAGUACCCUCGCCGCCCCAGCUGCCAUGCGUUCAGUGCGUGGCACCGAAACCUUCGGAGGCCAGCGCUCGGCUGCAGCAGGCGUGUUUUUGUUUUUCUGCCCACGUCGCAGGGCCGAAUGCGGGCACUCGAAGCCUUGCGCGACUUCUGGGCGCGUGGCACUCGCUGGCGCCUUCACAGUCCUCAACUCCUGGGACCCCCCCUCGA